AUGACGACGGCGUCGCUAUCCCAGUGCCGCCGCCUCGCGCACCACGCGCGCUGGCGAACCCCGGAUCCGCGUUCGUACCGUCGCGGAGCCUCCUCCCGUCGCAGCCUUAAUCGCGUCGUCGUCGUCGCCGCGGACGGGAGGUUCCGCGACGAGGCCGAGCGACGCGCGGCGAUCGACCGCCUGUCCCCGCCGUCCACGUCCCGAAGCACCGACGACGGCGGGGACGCGCGCGACGACGACGCCCGCGACCCCGCGAAGGCGCCGCGCGUCCCGCCGCCGAAGAUCACGCGCGACGCGGACAGGACCCGCCCGAGGCGCUUCAAGGAUGCGCUCGACGCCGACCGCAGGCGCAAGGGGGGCGCCGUCGGAAGGACCGCGCGGAUGCCCGCGAACGACGAGGAUCCGCCCGCCGACGUCGACCGCGAGGCGCUCGCGCGGGAGCUCCGCGAGCGUCGACGCGAGCGACGCGUCGCGGCGGUAGAGUCGGAAGCCGCCGAUAGACUCGCGUCCAUCGUUCAGAUCGUUCGCGCCGAGCUCGGAGACCCGCGCGUUCUCAUCUCGAGCUCGAUGGACGGCGAGGCGCGGAACAAGCGCUUCGCGGCGCUGUACGAGCGCCUCGAAGGCGUCGGGACGGUGGAGAUCGCGUUCGCGCUGGUCAAGUACUACUGGACGUAUUGGGACGAGGCGGAGGCGGGGGAAACCUCGGAGAAGGCGGCGUUCGCGGCGGAAUUGGGGGAUUCGAAAUCGACGUCGGAGGAGGAGAACGAUACAUCGACAUCGUCGUCGGAGAAUAAGGAGAAUGAGGAUGAUGAGGAGGAUAGGUCGACGUACGACGAAGCCGUGGACGAAAAGACCCGGCGCGCGUUGCUUCGUGCGGCGCAGCUCCGCGCGACGCAGAGGGGCGACGAGGUACGAACGAGCUCGUCGUACUACUCGGGCGACGAGGACUUCGGGGAUGAAAAGUCGGCACCCGGGGACGGCAAUAAAGGGGCCGACGACGACGAGUACGGGCUGAUGGACGCCGUCGCCGACAUGGUACGAUCGUACUUCUCCGUCGACGUGGUCAAGGACGAGGACGGGAACGAGGAGAUGGUGGUGAUGACGUCGCCCGAGUUUCUCGGCUUUCUCAUCGUCGCCGUCAUCGUCUCGUCCAGACUGGGUCGAUACCUCGUGGACACCUACCUGGCGACGCCCGUCGACCCGCUGUUGCGAUGA